AUGCAUUCAUCUGAAGAAACUGAAAAUAUAAAAAUGUUCUUUCGUUACCAGCAUUCGUUUUUAAUUUCAAAAAUCAUAUUUACUGCAAGUGAGCUGGGUGUCUUUGAUUUGCUGAGGGAGUCGGGGGAACCGCUGUCCUCUGCGACUGUGGCUGAGCGCUUGAAGACCAGUCUCACCGGGAUGCAGACACUGCUGGGGGCCUGUGUGGGGUUAAAGGUCCUGAAAGUGGAACGGAAGGAGGGCAAAGAUCUUUAUGGAAACACAGAGUUUGCUGAUCUGUUUCUGGCUAAAUCAAGCCCAAAGUCUCAGUAUUAUACCAUGAAAUUUUUUUCAGAAUAUGGAUAUUUAUCACUGCAAUACUUACCUGAAGCUGUAAGAGAUGGGAAACCUCAGAUUCUAUCAAUAUAUGGCAUUUCUUCAAAGGAAUUUUAUGGACCUGUGUACAGAUCAAAGGAAGGCGUUGAAAGCUUUUUCAGGUACAUGGAUGAGGCUUGGAGUCUGCAUGGAAAAGAAGUCGUCUCUGCCUUUGAUCUUUCUGGCUUUCAGCUCAUUUGUGAUCUGGGUGGAAAUAGUGGUGGCUUAGCUAAAGAAUUGAUUUCAAAGUACCCAAACUGUACUGUGAAAAUUUUAGAUCUUCUUGAAGUUGUGGAAAUAUCUAAAAAAUAUAAUGCAUUUUCAGAAGACUCCCAGAUCACUUUCCAUGAAGGAGAUUUCUUUAAAGAGCCAAUUCCUGAAGCAGAUCUUUACAUCUUAUCAAGAGUCUUGUUUAAUUGGAAUGAUGAAAAGUGUAUCCAGCUACUUACAAAAAUAUUUACAACCUGUAAGACAGGUGGUGGAGUCUUAGUAGUGGAACCAACUAUUGAUCAAGAAAUAUCUGGGUCUUUUCCUGCUCAUAUGUACUCCAUUAUAAUGUUGCUUCAUUCUGAAGGAAAAGUGCGGACAGCAUCAGAAUAUUGUAUACUCUUCAAUACAGCUGGAUUUACAAAUAUUCAGUUCAAGAAAGGAAAUAUAUUUGAUGUCAUUUUGGUCAAAAAAUAGUUUUCAACAUGCUUCAUUCCUUGCCAAUUCACCACUUUCUACAAUUCCCCAGAU